AUGAGUUAUUUGCACCGUAAAUACAAUCUUGAGGGUGAUACUCCCUCUCAGCAGGAAGAGAGGAGGAGUUCUGAUUCUACCUCAAGGGAAAUGACAGAGUUUUCUGAUUACACAAAGGAAUCACUUGAGUUGUUCAGGCAAAAAUUAAGCACGUACAUAGAGGUUGUGGAUAGAAAUUUAGCUAGUGCAGCUGAAGAUUCUGUUCAUUUUGAUUACAAUGAAAAGUCACCAUUGGACUCUUGCAGAAAGUGA